CACACCGGAAUACAAUUCUUUUCCAGCCACCGACCUUCUCGGCUUGAUUCGCACGACUGCUGGUUAACCCUUAAAUUUCGCCGUCACAUUCAAGUACAAAGUUUCACGGCACCUCCCUCAACAUGGUAGAAGACCAGCGGGACAAGCUAUGCGCAAGAUGCCGGGGGAUCGACUUCGACCACUUGUUCCGAGACCUGGCCGACCGAGAACUGCUUGAAAAAGACCCAGCCUUUGUUAUUGAUAACCCUCAAGAGUGCAAGAGCUCGUCAUGUCCUCUCUGCCAUUUCCUGAUGGAGAUGGUACCGGACGGUGAACGGGAUACUUGCGACAGCGUAUCUAUCUUCAGAGCGUGUCACACGAGUAGAAACGGUUCGACAAACAGAACGCCACUUGAUGCGCCGGCUAUGUCAGAGCGAACGGCUCUGGAGGUUCGGACGCGCACGAGCGAAGAUGAGCUUAGGCUUACCAUUGGAACUUUUGUGAACUAUUCCAAAGAACCGGAAGCGCCAGUCCUGAUUGAUCAUGCAAAGGUCAGCUACGAGCCGUUGCGGACAUGGUGCAAGGUGGUGCAAGAGAUUCCCAGAGCAACUAUGGAUGUGCUGCCAGUCUCAGUUAUUGACUGCCACAAGCGGGAGAUCGUACCGGUGCGCGGCCCUUGCGAUUAUGUCGCUCUCAGUUAUGUCUGGGGGCCGACAGUGUCACAAGGAGAUGCCACAAAAGGCAACUCUCUUCCCAGUCACCUUCCUCGUACUGUGGAGGAUGCCAUCACAGUGGUUAGGGAGCUUGGCCUGCGCUACCUCUGGGUCGAUAGGUACUGCCUGGACCAGAGCAACAAGUCCGAGUUCCAAACACAGCUCAACCAGAUGGCCGAUAUUUACAGGCACGCACUUGUCACCAUCAUCGGGGCUGCUGGAUCGGAUGCGGAUUAUGGACUACCUGGCGUCAGCUCUCGUCCUCGAACUAAACAACCUCGGGUUAAGAUUGGUGACUACACGCUCUGGUCCUCCAUGAACGAUCCACGAAAACUGGUAAAAGAAAGCCCGUGGAUGACUCGUGCCUGGACCUAUCAGGAAGGUGUCUUCUCCUGGAACUGGAUCGCAUUCACCGACGAACAGGUCUUCUUCCAGCGAUCAAACAAGGAGUGGGCCAACCUGGAGCGCUGGUGGAAGGUCUCUUGUGAGAUGUUUCCCCAUGGCGGUCUGGGAGCGGACGCCAACUGUCCGUUGUUGCAAAUGUACGACAAUGUAUGGAAGAAUGAGGGCGCGUUGCACCAUCUCCUGAAAUUUUAUACUGCUCGCAGUUUGACAUAUCAAUCUGAUAUCCUGAAUGGGGCAUUGGGGCUCUUAAAACGGUGCGAGAAUGGUCCGUAUCGCAUGAACCACUAUUUUGGAACUCCCAUUUUGGGGCCAUUGAUAAACCACCGUAAGGCCUCGGGCCGUGAUCCCUCUCGAAGUUGGACGCUAACGGAAGCAUUUCUGGUGAAUCUCUGCUGGAGAACACCGGCGGCCGGUCCACGCAGGCCUGGCUUCCCGAGCUGGUCGUGGACUGGUUGGCAAACUGUCUACCAAACCCCUGGACAAUCCCUGGUUUACCUGGGGCUCUCGAUGAAUAGUGUCACCGACGUGAAGCUAUCCGUGCAGACCAGCCAAGGUUUGGUUGAUUGGGAGGCUAUGUGCAACAAUAAGAAUUGGGAUGUUUACGAGGACUUGGGUUCGUUGUCGCAAGAACUUUAUAUUGGCGCUCCCACUAUUGCCCUUAAAGUCUGCAAAGAUCCUAGAGUGUCCAAUGGGGCCAUGUCCGGACACGCCGCUGACCCUUCACCCAUGAGGUGGUGUGCCAUCUUCUCCGAUGAAGAAUGCGAUGCUCUGAUUGAGGUCAAUCUGGUGGACGUGGCAGUUGAAUCAGCCCUUCUCAAGUCGGGUACUAUUUCGUUGAAAGGUAUCUUACUCCGCCAGGUGGAUCCUCAGCAACUGAUGGCCAAGGAUUACGAAUGGCACGCGAACUAUAUUUGGGCUUUUGCACUCGUCGUACUUGAAAGCCAAGACGGAGCGACAAGAGUUGGAAGUCUGGAGCUCAGGCCAGACAACUACUUCGUCUGCUGGAAACAGGAUGUUCAUCAUUCAUCAGCGAAACCAGAUAAAACCUGGAUACAGGGUGAUCUCAAGGACUACAUGGAUUGUACUGAAUGCAGGACGAAGGCAUUGGAAAAACUGGUGAGUGGACAGACGCGUGAGUUGGUAACUUUGCUGUAGCUAGGUAUUAGUCUCCUGGUAUAUUUGAGUUUCUCCAUUCGAC